AUGAGCUUUCUCGCCGGGCGCCUCGCCGCCCAGGAGGGCGCCUACUUCCUGCAGGAGUCCAAGCUCGCCGCCGGCCGCCUCGCGGCGAAGCUCCCCGCGUCCGCGCGUGGGCCCAGGCCGGCGUCCCCGCCUCCGUCGCCCGACGUGCUCCCGGAGAUCCUCCGCCACUCCGUGCCCAUCAGGCCUACGCCGCCUCCGGCUGACUCCACCCUCUACGGCUCCACUCGCUGGGUCCUCCCACAGGGCGGCGCCGAGACAGCCGGCGUGUCGCCCGACGUGCUCAACCCGCUCCGCUCGUACGUCGCUCUGCCGCAGGCCACCUUCGGCCCCAAAAGAUGGGAACUUCCAACUGAGCAGCCUUACUACUCGGCGGCAACCGCCAAUGAGCGGCGACGUGAUAUGCAUCCUCCUCCCAUGGACCCUGAGAAGUUGAAGGCUGUAAUUGAUGGAUACUCACAGGUUGGAAAGGCAUUUCUUGCUGGGACUGUUUUGGUGUUUGGAGGAGCAACAGCUGUGCUGCUGUACACUGCCAAUAAGCUACAGUUGCAUUCAGUAGACGACGUCAAAGCUAAAGGAAAAGACGCAGUGCAACCACAUGCCGAUAUGAUCAAAGAACAGAUAGCUCCACUGAGGAAAUGGGUAACCAAACUUCGGAACCCAUCCUUUGUUUCUGGCUGUCGUAUUGAUCCUCUCGCCGAGGACACGUCCCGGAAAUGGCAUUACGAAGCCGACAGAGAGUCCGGGGAGAAGUCUGUCCUUGUUAGAGAGCUGUCAAGAGCACUCGGUGCUAAGACACGCUCGAAUUGA